AUGGCAAGUCUCUCGACGAUAAGCCGUCGCAGCAAGGAAAAAGCGCAAGCAUCGAUAAUCGACCAGGUAACUCUGAGUUUUCUCAACAUCGAGCAGUGGAGAUCAACCACUUCAAGCGGAUCGCGUAUCACAGGCAGUGCGGUCCAAGAACAAUUUGACAACUCUGAGGUUAUUGUUCUGGGUGUCCCAUGCAACCGCAACUCGGCUGCACACUUCGCGCAACCAGAGGGGCGUGCUCGCGCGUCUUGUGCGACUCCAGGAAGUGGUCUCACCAUUCAUACCUGCUCGCAUGUGUAUAGCGAUUUCAGAGCCCGCCUCGUCGCUUCGGCGGUGGGGGAGACCUACUGUUCGCGCUGCCGCAUGCACAAGCGCGGAGCCCGUGGGUGCGCGCCCUCACUGGUAGACGAGUCGCUCGAGGACGUGAUCGUGAUCGUCGCGUUAGGGCAGACCGUAGCCGCGGGCGAGGUAGACGAAGCGGAGCGUCUAUCUCACAUCUACAUCUACCGCGCUGAUUGGAAAUGCGCUUCGGGCGCGCCCUGCGGGGCCCAACGCUGUUGUUGUCAACGGAUUAUCGACGCCGACUUACGUGGAGAGAUCAGGCCAUACACGAGAAAGCAAAGGCAGACGACCUCGAAGGAUUCGGAGGCACAAUUGAGGUACCAUCCUCGAACACUUGACUGGCACCAAGCCCGACCCCCCCCCAAGGAUGAUGAGUCUGCCAGCUUGUCCGGCAACGGCGCCGCCAAUAGGCAUUUGGACGAAACGCUCGACUGGUUGAUCAGAUAUACAUCCAGGCGGAGAAAGAAGGAAUUGUCGAUUCUUCCAAAAAUGGCAACUCGAUAUGCAGAAGAAAAAGGAACCUGGGACAAAGCAUCGCGCCAAGAGAAAGACAUUUCGGAAGAAGCGCUUCAACGAAGCCGCCCGGCAUACUACAACGAACUCUCAGACCACGAAACAAGACUUCCGGCCGAUAUUCAAAUCGGUCCUGUCAUUCAUUACGACAAGUCUGAAAAGGGAGACGUUUUCCUCGACUGUCUCGGCUUGAAGCCCAAGUUAUUAGACACAGAAGACGAAUGA